ACGGACAAUAAUAAUCCCAUCCCCCAACCCAACCACGUUUUCUUCAACCAAAUCACCACCCUCUCUACAAAACAUUCUUCAUUUCUUCAUCCUCCAACAAUUCCCAUUCCCAAAAUCAACCAAGCAACAAUGGGGAACGACGAACAGGUAGCCGCCAUGAAAGAAGCCUUCACACUCUUCGACACCGACGGCGACGGCAAGAUCGCCCCCUCAGAACUCGGAAUCCUGAUGCGAUCGCUCGGCGGAAACCCUACGCAAGCCCAGCUCAAAUCCAUCAUCGCCGAAGAGAAACUCACAUCUCCCUUCGAUUUCAACCGCUUCACCGAACUCAUGGGGAAACACCUCAAACCCGAGCCCUUUGAUCGCCAGCUUCGUGAUGCCUUCAAGGUUAUUGAUAAGGAUGGCACUGGAUUUGUUGUUGUUGCCGAUCUCAAGCAUAUUUUGACCAGCAUUGGGGAGAAGCUCGAGCCUUCCGAGUUUGAUGAGUGGAUUAAGGAGAUUGAUGUUGGAUCUGAUGGCAAGAUUAAGUAUGAGGAUUUUAUUGCCAGGAUGGUUGCCAAAUGAUUCAUUUGUUGGAGGUGCUAAUGGGCAGCCGGGUCCCACUUCCUUAUCUUGUUCUUCUUUAAUGCAACAUUUUUCUUUACUCUGGACUUGGAGUUUUCUACUAGGGGUAUAUGCUCUAAAACCAGAAAUUUGUGUGCAGUGCUUCUAACUGUACUUUGUAUGUUUUGACAAUAAAUGAAUAUAAUAUUUUUUUUUUUGCUUGAAACUA